AUGGGUUUUGUUCCCCCCGAAGAGCCGAUCGAUCUCUUCAGAGGCUGGCCUAACCCUGCCCUGUUGCCCACCACCGCCUUGGCCCAAGCAUCCGCCACCGUCCUGUCCACGCCGUCCAUCUGGACCCCAGCCCUGCUGUACGGUCCUGAUGAUGGCUAUCUGCCCUUGCGAAAGUGUGUUGCUGAAUGGCUUACCCACUUUUACAAACCACGCGAUCCGGUUGGUUUCGAUCGGAUCUGCAUUACUGGCGGUGCCAGCCAGAAUCUGGCAUGUAUCUUCCAAGUCUUCACCGAUCCAAGUUACACCAGACAUGUCUGGAUGGUAGCGCCUGCAUAUCACCUGGCGUCUCGGAUGGUAGACGAUGCCGGCUUCGCGGGUCGUAUCAGAGCCGUUCCGCAGGAUGACGCGGGGCUUGAUCUUGCGUAUCUCCGUCGGGAGAUGGAGGCCGCCGAGCGGAAAGCUAAUGAAGAGCAGAGAUUCGAACCGAAACAUAAACCUCCAAGGCCAUGGGGGAAGAUCUACAAACACCUCAUCUAUGCCACGCCGACAUUCUCCAAUCCCACCACGCGGACCAUGUCCCUGUCCGAUCGGGAGAAACUGGUCCAGCUCGCGCGCGAGUUCGAUGCCUUGAUCGUGACAGAUGACGUCUACGAUUUCCUCCAGUGGUCCGUGGAUCCAGACCGCCCCCUUGCUGCUCCUGACAAGGCACGCGUGCCUCGGCUGGUAGACAUUGAUCGCUACCUGGACGGAGGGCCCCAGGAUGAAUGGGGAAACGUCAUCAGUAACGGGAGCUUCAGCAAGUUGAUCGGCCCUGGCAUGCGGACCGGAUGGGCAGAAGGCACGGCCAAGUUUGCCUACGGUCUUUCUCAAACAGGUUCAUCGCGCUCCGGAGGGGCCCCGUCCCAAAUGGCCUCCGCGAUAAUUGCCCAGUUGCUCGCCAAUGGGGCCUUUCAGUCUCAUCUAACUGAGGUCUUGCAGCCCGCCUAUGCGCGCAGGUACCAUGUCAUGAUGUCGGCUAUCCGCAAACACCUCCUCCCUCUGGGGGUAGUACUGCCCUACUCUUCGGAAGUCGUCGGCGGAUACUUUAUCUGGGUGCGUCUUCCGAGUCCGUUACGCGCAGGUGAUCUCGUGCAACUGGCUCAGGAGAAGCAGAAUCUCAGGGUGGCUGCUGGUGAGAUUUUCCAGGUCCCCGGGGACUCGGUGGACCCAGGCAACGACUUUCAUGAUUUCCUGCGCCUUUGUUUUGCUUGGUCUGAGGAGGGUCAACUCGCUGAAGGAGUGCGACGACUAGGAUGCGUCAUCCAUGAUGCUUUAGUUGGACCCGCAGCCAUUUCUACGUAG